AUGUCGUCAAAGUUCUCUGUUUCUUGUUGCAUCUACAGUUUCUCUUCUGCGUUUGUUGUCGUUGACUCAUCGACGAGAGAAAGAUCCGCCAAAGAACUCUCUGGUUCAGAGCUCGUUCCUCUGCUGGUGACUCUCCGACUUUGCUGCCGUCUACCCUCCUUCAGCCUCUCACUCUGCAACUUGUUGAAACCGGAUCUGUCCAUAGAUAGGCUCGCUUCUUCUCGACAUCCUUUGUCACCGCCGCUUUACUUCAACCUCCAGAGAUCUCCUCUAAACGAGCUUAGUCUCUGGGGAUCUAUCACCUCGGCAAUGGACUUCUCAGUCCGUUCACCGGAUCUGGUACGCUCCUCCUCCGACCCUUACACCUCCACUUUUCCGCAGUCUCUCACGCCUCAUCUCCCAAUAGUAUUCGUGGUUAAAGCUCUGACGCUUACACUAAUCUGGAAACGCCGUUCACUUAGCGGUUUUAUCAUCUCGGCAUCGACUCUCCCUUUCCACCACCUCUUCCCAACCCUCGCUUGCUGCCUCAGUCUUUUCAUCACCGAUACACUUAACACCGAGGCAGAUCCAUCUCGCCAUGGUUUCUAUGGAGCAAAAGUACAUAGUUUAAACCUUAUUCUCCUAGUGACCGCCGGAUUUAUUGUGCAAGAGUGUUGUUUCGCUAAAUCUGCUCAUGACUAUAUCUUCUCACAGCGUCUCAAUAACAUUACGUCGUCUCAAGCAUCGACGGUUCUUCACAAAGCCAGAAUUCCGGCCUUCUCGCUCUCCUCGUCGAUGACCUUAUUGUGCAAGAGUGUGGACUCGCCAGAAUUACAAGCUAUAUCACCGUUGCACUUUCAUCACAAUACGCCGUCUCAAGCAUCGACGGUUCUUUACAGAGUCAACUACGCGACUUUCAAACCGGAGUGGUAG